UAACUGUUGGUGUGAUGAGUUGCGUUAUUUCGACCAAAAACAAGAGAGACAACAGCAAAGAUGUUUUGGAUUUGUUGAUGCGUCUGGACAAAAACGUCAUGUGACUCUUGCGUCAUCACGUGACUGUGGGCGAAACCAAACUUGCUGGUGCGGAGGAGGUGCUUAAAUGGAGUAGAAAUGCAAGAUUUCAACCUACAAAAAUGUGAAUGAUUACAUUGUAAGGACAGUAACCGACAGACCGAUCACCGGGAUACACCUAAUUGUUAAUAAAGAUGUCAGGUGGGAGGCUCUUCAGCAAGGUGCGAUCCGCAUUCAGGAGAGAGCGGAGGGACUGGGACCUGAGCGACACGGAGCCCUUUGACUUCUCCGACGAGCUGGUGGAGGAUGAGACCCCCAAAUUCAACAAGCUGAAGGUGGUGGUCUCCGGGGAGAUGUCCGACUACUCUGCCGGAGCUCCGUCCAACGGGGUGGCGGUGAACACGCUGGUGGUGUCGGCGGAUGAUGAUGACUCUCUGCUAGGCUCCUCUUCCAGCCUCGGCAGCCCGGGGUUAAACAUGGACCCCUGUGAUAACUGCACCAAGAAGAGGGAGAGCAUCAAACAAAAGAGAGUGAUGAAGAGGCUUGUCAUGGCAGCUUUGUUGUAUUUCCUUUUCAUGACUGGGGAAAUUAUAGGUGGGUACUUUUCAAACAGCUUGGCCAUUAUGACUGACGCUGUGCACAUGCUAACAGACGUGGUGGGCAUUUUGUUUUCUCUGCUGGCCCUCUGGCUCUCCACCAAACCACCCACAAGUAGAUUCACCUUUGGCCUGCAUCGUCUCGAGGUGGUAUCGGCAGUCCUCAGUGUGGUGCUCAUCUACAUCCUGACGGCCAUUCUGCUCUUUGAGGCGGUUCAGAGGACGGUACACCAAGAGUUCGACAUAGAUGGAGAUGUGAUGCUCAUCACUGCAGCUGUUGGGGUGGCUGUUAACCUCAUAAUGGGUUUCUUGUUAAACCAAGGUGGUCACCUCCACUCUCACGGCCAUGGUCACUCUCACGGCCAUGGUCACUCUCACGGCUCUGCAGCCGCAUCCAGUUCACAGUCAGCUGGGUCGGGCCAGCAGCAGAGGCAGCAGGGCAGCCUGGCUGUAAGAGCUGCCUUCAUCCACGCUCUGGGAGACCUCGUCCAGAGUGUCGGGGUGCUCAUAGCUGCCUACAUUGUCCGCUUCAAGCCGGAGUUUAAGUUGGCAGACCCCAUCUGCACCUACAUCUUCUCCGUUCUGGUUCUCUUCACCACAUUCCGCAUCAUACGAGACACUAUAGUCAUCGUGCUGGAGGGUGUUCCCCGGCAUUUGGACACUCGGAGAAUCAAAGAGGACCUUCUGAAGCUGGAGGACGUGCAAUCAGUGGAUGAGCUGAAUGUCUGGGCGCUGACAGCUGACAAGACUGCAGCACUAGUGCAUCUGCAGCUCACACCCUCUAGUGCCAGCAACUGGGAGGACGUCCAGGCGAAGGCGCGCCACCUGCUGCUUCAUACCUACGGUCUCAGCAGGUGCACAGUGCAGGUGCAGACACACAGGCUGAGGCCGGUACGCAGUUGUACACACUGCCUGCAGCCCAGCGCCUAAAGAGAGAGACUCGUGGUAACGAUGACUUCCACCGUGCAUUUCAUGGAGCCAGACGGCAGAGAGUAAUGUUACACAGAGAGCCUAGAUGUCGCACCGCUGUCACAGCUCAGCGCCACGGCAGGAGACACAGUAAACGGUAUGUUGAUGCAAAUAAAAAGACUGGUGCCAAAGGACAGUCAGUGGAACAACAGGAGACGCACAUUUCCAAUUUCUGGAUCACUACUGGCUCCAGGGACCAUCUGCUCUUAUGCUAGCAAAGCUUUCAGAGUGGAGUUUGAAUGCUUAGAGAAACUUGCUCUUAAUUCACCAUUAAAGCCUAUUCCAACUCGUAACUUUUUUUUUUGUAUUUUACUGUUUUGAAUUAUCGCAACAGAUGUUUUUUGUCAUCAGCUGUACAUUUUACUUUUUGUUACUGGGUGUGAGGACUGUAUACUAAAAUGUUAAUAAUUUACUGAGGAUGUCAGCAAACGAAAAGGUCCCUCAUUGUGAUUUGAUAAUAACUGUGUUCCUUUAGCAGACAUUACACCUCAUCAAGUACUUCAUCAUUAAUAUUCUGCAGCCAAUGUCUGUUCUAAGGCAGAUUUAAAAAACCUUAGAGCAGUCUGUACUGACCAACACUUUCAACACUGACAUUUUAUUCUAGCAUGUCUCUUAGUUCAUUUUAGACGAGCACGCAACUGACAAUCAAAGUGUGACUGACUUUGAAAAACGGUAAAUGCUGCAGUGUUAUGGUUCAGCCUCAAACUCUAUACUCGGCUUUAUUCAAUUCACUAACUGACAGUAUCGUAACGCAGACAGGUUUGUGAAGUAUUUCAGAGUUGCUGUGUUUUCAGGGAGGCGUGAGUUGAAAUUUGCCAAUAAUGUUUAAAGUGUUUUCUCCAUCAAGUGUUGAGAAGCUGUGGGGGGGGGUUUUCUGGUAAACCUUUCCUCUCUUCUGAUAUUAAUCAUGAAGGGAAAUCAGGAACUGGAUCACUGUUUAUGUUUAUAAUAAAGUAUUUAAUCUUUUGCUUGCCUCUCAGUAUCGCAUUUCUGAACAACUUUAUGUUAGGGAAUGAUUAUUCUGCACAAUUUAAUACAUAUUAAUGUGAAUUAAAAAGUUUGAGCUGUUUAGGAAGAUGUAGCUGACUGCACACUCGAUAUGUUGCUAUCACUUUUUAACACUAGAUGGUGUCCUUUCACAAUGACUGAUAAGAGAACAUGCGUACACAUCGUUUGCGUUACACUCCAUUUAACCCCUUAAAUGAACACAAGGGCUGAACUGUAGCAUAAACACACACUCACACACAUUUCUGUUCUUGUUCUUUACACGAUGAAACUGCUUUAUUGUUUUUGCAUUAUUGGGUGCACACUGGUGGAGAAUAAGGCCUUUCUUAUGGAGAAAAAUGUUUGUGAAAAUUAAGUACAUAAAUAAAUGGCUGAAAUGUG